GCGUGGUCCAGCAACGUCCGGCGUCCGGCAGAAAAGGGCAUGACCAGGUGCAUCCAUCACCGUCGAGCUUCUCCUCCACAUCGUCGGCGCCGUCACACGCUGUUCCGCCAGGGGGACGACAUCCACGGAAAGGCGGCAGCUUCUCGGACCUCUCCUCGGGAGUGGAGAGACGUUAUCCCUGUGGAGGUGUUCGCGAUGGAGGGCGGCGGAGAGGGCGGACGUGCAUUGUUGACACCGCUUGAGCGGGCAGCCGUGGCGGUGGCCGUGUCAACCGUUAUUCUUCGUUGUCAGCAGGAGAGGGCACUGGGACGAAUGAAGGAGCAGUUGUGCGUGCGUAGAAGAAGGACGUUGAUGCAAGCUGCGGAUGACGGCCCCGACGGCGUGGCAACUUCAGAGGCUGUCAUUGAGUUGUGCUACACGUUGGGUUGCGACGUCAUUCCACGAGCAACACCGAGGUGGUGGAUCAAACGCAGGACGGGGGGGGCGUGGGAAGACCUUCGACAAUGCGACGAUGCCAUGGAUGACUGCUUCAACGAGAAGCAGCACAGCGCCAAGGAGCAGCUGAGGGACGACCAGAAGCAGCACAGCGAUGAGGAGCAGCAGAGGGAGCAUGCGGUACAGGUCGGCCAUGAAAUACACGGUGGAGAGUGCAGCAAUGAGCACACGACGGCGGAGAAGGCAAGAGUCUUAUCGGACGUGCAGCAUGUGACGUCAUGCAUGGGAAUACGACGCUUGUGAAGAAACUUCUUAUGUGGAUGGACUGAAGGCGCCGCCGGGAAAAUAAAUAAAUUAUGACCGU